GUAAGGGAAGGCGAAAUAGGACGGAAGAUUACAAGAUGAAUAAUCGUCAUAAAUCAAACCGAGCUACUAAGAUUCCCGUAUCAUUUGUCAAAUCUUGCUUCCUGCAUCACAAUUAAUAAAUAUAACAACCCUCAACUUCAUUUUUUGUAUUGGCAAGUCCAAAUUUAUGUUUCAAAUUACAAAGAAGGAUAAAAUUCAUUCAAGGAAAAAUAUUAAAUUAGUAUGAACAUGUUGAAUGAGGCAUUAAUUUCCCAAGAAAAUCAGAACCCUCAAUUUCCAAAAGCUCUUCUCAAUAAUCUAUAUGUUGGUCAUUUUCUAUCCAGAUGGAGUGCCAGGAUGUGGGAAUUCUCUGUUGGUUUGUACAUGAUCAACGUCUGGCCAGAUUCGUUACUCCUAACGGCUGCUUAUGGUGUGGUUGAGUCUGGUUCAACGGCAUUGUUUGGUCCUCUCAUUGGACAGUGGGUGGAUAGGUUAACAUAUGUUAAGGUUCUCCAACUUUGGCUGCUAAGCCAAAACAUCUCAUUUAUUGUUGCUGGAGGUGCAGUCAUUGCUCUUUUAGUCCGUGCAGACUUGAUAUUGGUCAAUCUUACGGCAUUUAUCUCACUUGUAAGUUUAAUUUAUAUAUCCGGAGCUGUUGGUGUGCUUUCAUCUCUUGCCGGAACCAUCUUGAUCGAAAGAGAAUGGGUAGUCGUAAUAUCAGAAGGGCAUCCUCCUGGGCUGUUAACAAAGAUGAAUUCAAUCAUAAGACGAAUAGAUUUGGUUUGCAAGCUAUUCGCUCCGGUGAUAACUGGCUUCAUUAUCAGCUUUGUUUCUCUAACUGCAUCAGCCAUGACUCUAGCUCUUUGGAAUGUUAUAUCCGUUUUCUUGGAAUACUGGCUUCUUACAUCUGUAUACAAUGGGAUUCCAGCUCUAAGUGAAAGCAGCCUGAGGAGGGCCUCAAGAUCUUCGCCAGAGCAUUCGGAUUUAAGCCCCACUAUUUCUCAUGAACAGAAAAGCACGUUUCACUUGGAUAGAAUUGGAUUGGAGCAAUCUGAAAAUCUCUGGAGGAAAAUAGUCGGUUCGAUCUCAAGAUUACCUUGCCUUUCUGCAUGGAAAGUGUACUUGCAGCAAGAUGUAGUCCUCCCAGGGCUAGCCCUUGCCUUGCUUUUUUUCACCGUACUCAGCUUUGGAACGUUGAUGACUGCUACGCUUGAAUGGGAAGGAAUUCCUGCAUAUGUCAUUGGAAUUGCACGUGGAGUAAGCGCAACAAUAGGGAUAGCUGCAACAUUUCUCUACCCAAUAUUAGAAUCACAUAUUUCAACACUCCGAACAGGCCUUUGGUCAAUCUGGUCACAGUGGACUUCCCUGUUGAUAUGUGUAGCUUCAAUAUGGGUCCAUAAGAAAUUUCUAUCAGCAUUUAUGCUUAUGGCUGGUGUGGCUGCAUCGCGUUUGGGUUUGUGGAUGUUUGACUUAGCGGUCAUUCAGCAAAUGCAGGAUCAUGUCCCUGAAAGUGAUCGCUGUGUGGUAGGAGGAGUUCAAAACUCACUACAGUCUUUCCUGGAAUUGAUGACUUAUCUCUCGGGCAUAAUCAUAUCUAAUCCCCAGGAUUUCUGGAAGUUGAUCCUAUUAUCUUUCCUUUUAGUGACACUGGCCUCGACGUUAUACAGUAUACAUGUUUAUCGGGUUAGGAAGCACCUAUUUCACUUUGAGAAGUUCAUUGUUUAGUAAGAUCAUAUUAGACUCUGCAACGAUGAACACGAAAAACAGAACCAUAAGCAUGUUCCCUUUUUAUGAAGCUUGUGGUCGAACAACAAUGCCAUGAGGUUUGCUCCUUCCCUCUUCGAGUUUUCUUUACGUGUAACUUAUGUGCAUCUUGUAAAUUACAUUUUAGUAGAAAGCUGCAUGACACAACUUGUAUUCUGCACAGAUUGCCUCAAAGGCUAAUGUCAUUGAGAGCCUUUUGUACACCAUAAAUGUUAAUUGUUGUAACUGCUUUUAAGGCAAUGCAAGAAAUUUUAUAUUUGAAAAGUUAUAACCAAGAUUGCUACUAUUUGAUUUUUAUUGUACUUCUUCAAGGGUCUGUCACUUCGCGGGGUGCACAUAUAAAAACUAGUUCUGGCAUGCACCUUGCGUGUGUAACCCAAUUUUAUU